AAAAUCAACACUUCAAUGGAGAGUAUUCUGACGUCACAAUCACCAUAGUUGUUUACAAAGCUUCAAAAUGGCGGCUUGACGGGCACCUGCCAAAUCACUAUUUAACUGAUACAUAAGUCCUGCUGGUCAGGAACUUGAUAAAAUGGCAACAAAAGAAAAGAUCAAGAAGAAAGCACCACCUAUUCCAGAAGCAGUAGAAAGACCAAGUAGUGCACACAGUCAAAUCAGUGUUAAAUCUGCUGAAGUUACAAAUAUCACAGACAAUACACAGAAAGAAAAGUUCAUACAAGAUGAAACUGCCCAUGAAAAAGAAGCAGAGGGAAAUAAAAGUAACACAACACCAAAACCUUCUGAUAAAAAUAAUGAACCAGUCAAAAAGAAAAAGGGGGAUACUGAUGAUAAAAAGAAAAAGAAAAUAGAAGAUGGACCGGGAAAGAAAAAGAAAACAGAAGAUGGAUCUGAAAAGAAAAAGAAAACUGAAGAUGAAAAGAGGAAAAAAGGAAAGAAAACAGCUGUUGAACCUUCACCAUCGUCUGGACCAACACCAUCUCAGUCUGCAGCUUAUCCAAAGGACCCAACCGGUAGUGCUGUAUCACUGAGGUCUAAUGCUUCAACAGUCAAAGAGGCUUGGACAGACAACAGUGCAAGUGGGUCACAGGUAGACUUGAAACCAGUAGUUACUAGUCCUUCUUCAAGUGUGAUCAGUGUUAGAGAAGCAGCAAGAGAAAACAGGAAAUAUAAUGCUAACAUGAAAGGUCCAGAAACAGCAUCACAGAAAACAGAGGAAGAAGAAAUAUCUGAUCAUGCUUACAUACCAUAUAAAUAUGCUCAUAACUGUAUUGCAAAAAUAAUGGAGGACAUGAAAAAUAUGAAAGUAACUCACAUCCGCAUUGUCAGUGAAAUACAAGGAGAGUAUAAACAAAUAGAAGAUGAAACUCAGUCCCAGUUUAAUACCUACGUUUUCUUCCUGAGAGACCAGUACUCCAACAAAGUCAAAACAUUUAAGCAGGUUAUAGAUGUACACAGAAUGGAUCUACAAAAUAAAGAACAAUACUGGAAUGAAAUGUUACAGAGUUUGGCUGAGAGAAAUAACAAAUUACUAAAGGACAAGAAGGUUCUGCUGAUAACAAACAAAGUAGAAAUAGAGAGACUAGAAAGAGAAAAGGUUGAAAUAACAACAGAGCUUACCCACAAGUUAGAUGCAGUUACAGCAUCCUUAGCAGUAGCCUCAGUUGCAGAGAGUAAAGCAUCUACAUAUGAGAAAGAAGUCCAGGAACUUAAGGAGGAAAAUGAGAAGAGAAAUGAAGAGAUUAAGAAACUUAAAGAUCGUCCUGUAUCUGCUGGUAACCAUGGAGAUGAAGGUGAAAUCAAACAAUUACAGAUGGCACUCGCCAUCAAAGAGGAAGAACUUAGGGUUGCUCUUGCUGGAGGUGCUGUUGUUAUGGCAACAAAGGAAGAGGAAACAAAUGUGUCAAGUAAACCAAUCGUAGCUGCUGCUGUUGUUAGCAGUGAAGAUAAAGAUAAAAUGUCUCAGGAAAGAGGUCAGAUUACAGACGAGAGAGACAAAAUGAUGGACGAAAGAAGAGAAAUAGAUGAUGAAAGGAUAAGUUUUCAAGAUGACAGGAAGAAGUGGCUGGAUGAGAUUAACAGACUCACAAUUGAAUUAACAGCACAGAAUAAGAAUACCGCUGAAUUAGAAGUAAGAAAUGACAGUUUGAAACAUCAGUUACAAGAUAAGGCAGCAUUACAAGCCAAGUAUCAUGCUUUAGAGAGUCAGUAUGAAGCAUUGUCUGUGAUAGUGAAAGGUUCUGACUCAGCUAAAGAGGCUGCAGAGGAAAACAUCUCAAAGACGAAAUCUGAUAAAGAUAUGAUGGAACAGGAACAGAAAAAUAAAGAGGAAGAGAUUAAAAAAUGGGAAGAAAAGUUUAAAAAGAAACACAAGAGAGACCCAACAGAUGAAGACAAGUCUGAUUCUGUGAAAGAAAUGUAUGUACAGAAGGAAGAAUUGGAAACCAUGGUAACCUCAUUGGACCAGAAACUUGUUACUUAUGAGAAGGUUCAGAAAGGUGAAGUUCCUGAUCCACCAGAGGUUGCGCCUGUUCCCAUGGCAAUCAUAGAACCUGAGGUUAAAACUGUUGAGGUUAAAGUUCCUGAUCCUUUAAUCCUUGAAGAACUUCAGAAAGCUCAAGGAGAAAUUGCUCGACUUAGAGAUCAGAUUUCAGGUUUACAAGAAGAGAAUACCAACCAUGCAAACACAAUCAGUGGUCAGAAUGAAGAACUCUCUAAUCUUAGAGAUAGAAUAAGUCAGUUAGAGGCAGAGGUUGCUGCUCUGAAAGCAGGUGCUGCCACAGUUGUUACAUCAGCUGUCAGUAAUGAGGAAGUUGAAAAGUUAACUCAAGAAAACAGAGAACUUAAGAAAGAUAUGAAGAAGAUGUUGAAAAGGAUGGAAAAACAGAAAGACACUACAAAAACUCCAUCUGGAGACCCAGAUGAACGAAUGCAGAACUUGGAAGGCAAAGUUUUAGACUUAGAAGACAAGGUUAUAGACCUGGAAUCAGAUAACAAAGGCUUGAUGGAAGAUAGAGAUAAACUAGCCAUGGAAAAGGAUGGUCUUUUGGAGCAAAUAUCUACUCUGACAGUAGCAGCAGGUUCUAGUACUACCACAGCUACACCUGUAAUGGCGGUAGCAGCUGUCGCAGGAUCUAAACACGAUCAACCUGAUGGAUGCAAUUUACCAGAGCAUGCAGACUUGAUAAUACAGUUGGAAAUAAAGAGCAAAGAACUAAUAGAGAAAGACAGAGAGAUAUCUGAGAAAGAUAGACAGAUUGAAGAAAAAGAUAAUUUGAUUGAGGAAAAAAUGAAGGAAAUUGAGAAAUUGAGAAUUCAGUGUAAAGAAAUGAGAUCUGACAUGAUGAAGAUGGCCAAGUCACAUCAGAAACUUCAGACCAAACUCAAAGAUUUGGACCAGUUAGAGAAGACCAAGAAACUUUUACAGGCCAUGUCCUUCUAUAUACAAGAUAUUCAUCGUGAGCAACCACCAGCUGGUGAAGGAGUCAAGAAACGUCUGGAAUCAGUGACACCUGGUGUGGCUGCCUUAAAAACAGCUGAGGAAAAAAAUAAAAAAUCAUAUGAUGCUUGGGCAGAAAAGUUCAAGAAAAAGAAUGGAAAAGAUCCUGGAUCUAAGGACAGGGAUGCUGAAGGAGAGAAACUUUUCCGUGCAUUGGAAGUCAGUAAGAAAGAGCAUGAAGACAUCCAGAUAAAGAUUGAGGCUCUGACAAUCAUGCAGACAGGAGACUACAAAGCUCCUAUUCAAAGGGAGAAAACUGUUAUUGAAGAGGAAACUCCAGUUAAACAGAUGGAACAACAGAUGUCAGAGCUAGACAAUAAACUGGAGGGCUUGGAAGGUGAAAAUGAUCAGCUGAAAUCAGAGAAGAGUGAAAUGGUGGCAAAAAUGAGAGAACUAGAAGUACAGUUAGAGGAGGCAAGAAACAAAGCAGAACUACAAGCUACUCUUGCUACAGGAGAUAUGAAUACAGAGGAAUUAUCACACCAGAUUACCUCCCUUCAGAAGGAGGUUUCAUUGUCAGAAGCAGCGUUACGUCAAGAAAAAAUGGCUCAUAACAACACAAAAGAUGAGUUAGAAAAUCUACGGAAUCAAAUGUCUGUUAUGAAAGAUGAAGUCGAUAAUCAGAAAUCAGAACUACAGACUAAAUUGGCAAAUGACAAGAAAUUAUUGGAUGCAGAACUCAAAGUCAAAGAUCAAGAAAUAACAAAACUGACCACAAGAAAUGAUGAGUUAGAAAAAGCAAGACUUGCUAAUGUUCCACUGGAUACUGCAAAAGAAAUCCAAAAUCUCCAAGCCAAACUGGCUCUUUUAGAGAAAGAUAAAAAUAAGUCAGGUACUGAGACUACAGCUCUUCAAGGACAGAUAUCUGAACUGAAGGUCAAACUAGAGAAUGCAAACAAAAAUCUAGAAACACAACGAGCUACUGCUAGAGAAACUGAGGCUAAGGUGAAGAAUGCUAAAACAGAAAAGGAUAAAGCUGUUAGAGAUGCUACAUCACAAAUGGAGAAGAAAGAACAACAGAGAAUAAAUGAAGACAAGAAAAGGAUUUCAGCUCUGGAGAGAAAAAUUAAGGAAUUAGAAACAGUGAAACCUUUGGGUAAGGGAGUGGCAGUUGCAGCAGUAGGUUCUGACACUGCAUCACAGAACAUGAAGGCACAAGUUGUAAACCUGAAAAGGGAAAACAACGAGGCCAACACCAGGAUAAAACAUCUAGAGCUAGAACUGAAGAAAGGAGGAGGGCGACCUGGAACUUCUGCUGCUGGUGGUGAUGAUAAAAAUCUCCAGAAAAGACAUGAGAAGAUCCUGAAAGAACUUGAGAGGAAAUUAGAAAUAGAGAAAAGCAAAACCGAGAAGUUGCAGGAAUCUUUACAGGGAACUGAAGAUGAUUUAAAGGAUACAAAGAAGGAUAGAGAUAACAAAGCCAAUGAAUUGAGAAAGUUAGAGGCAGAGUUAGCUGCCCUUGGAGUAGCAGCCAAAGAAGGAGUAGAAGCUGCCAGUAAGGUCAAAAAUUUAGAAAAGGAAACCAAAGUUUUGAAUGAAGAAAAUAAAGUUCUGACAGAGAACUAUAAUACAGAAAGGGUUCUGAGAAAGAAGUAUUACAAUAUGGUUGAAGACAUGAAAGGAAAGAUCAGAGUAUACUGUAGAGCUAGACCCUUAAGUAAGACUGAGUUAGGCAGAGGUAAUAGAUCUGUACUGAAAUCCCAGGAUGAGUACUCCAUUACUGUGGAGACACAGAGAGGUAUCAAAGACUUCCAAUUUGAUCAAAUUUUCAUGGAAGAUUCAACACAAGAGAAAAUAUUUGAAGACACAAAUAAUCUGGUACAGUCUGCUGUUGAUGGUUACAAUGUCUGUAUAUUUGCCUAUGGACAGACUGGUUCAGGAAAGACAUUUACUAUGAUUGGAGACAAGGACCAGAACUUCCCAGGAAUUGCACCAAGAGCUUUCAACAGAAUAUUUGAUCUUAUAAAUGAAUUAAAGUCAAAAUCUGACAUCACCGUGACAGCCUACAUGAUGGAGUUAUAUAAUGACAAACUGAUAGAUCUUUUUGCUAAACCUGGACAUUCUAGUGAUGACAAGAUGGACAUCAAAGUUGACAAGAAAGGAUUGGUAUGGGUUAAAGGAGCUGUCAUCAAAGAGGCACAUAAUUCUAAGGAAUUGUUUGCCUUGUUUCAAGAGGGAAGUGAACACAGACACACUGCAUCUACUAAAAUGAAUGAUGAAAGUUCUAGGUCCCAUUUGAUCAUCAGUUUAGUGUUGGAAACUACUAACAAAAUGACAGGACAGACAGCCAAAGGAAAGUUGAGUUUGGUAGAUUUGGCUGGUAGUGAAAGAGUAGGAAAGACUGGAGCAUCUGCAGACCAGCUGAAAGAAGCCAUGUCUAUUAACAAAUCUCUGUCAGCUCUUGGUGAUGUGAUAUCUGCCUUGAGUAGUGAGCAGCAGUUCAUCCCAUACAGAAACAACAAACUCACCAUGUUGAUGCAGGAUUCUCUUGGUGGCAACGCAAAAACUCUUAUGUUUGUCAACAUUUCACCGGCUGAUUAUAACCAGGACGAAUCAGUUAUUUCCUUGACGUAUGCUUCCAGAGUUAAGCUUAUUACAAACCAAGCAUCCAAGAAUUCUGAUAAUAAAGAAAUUGCUAGACUCAAGUCUAUAAUUGCCAAGUUGAAGGCUGGAGAAGCUGUUGAUGAUGAAGACGUACAGUAAAGAAUUAUGACAAUGAUAUCAAAUGUUUAUGCCAAAAAAUAACCUUCUUUACUCUGCUUGAUUUACUAGUAAUCAAACACAUACGGUUAUGAUCUGGAAUAUUUUUUGAGUUGAAAUUCUAUCUUUUCUUCCAUGGAAUACAUUGGAAUGAAAACUACACAUUUUAACAUUAGUUCCUUGGGUUUGAUUCUGUUAUUUUGAUAACUAUAAAAAAAAAAGUGUUGACAGCAAUUUUGACCGAAGGUUUGUAUCAAGAUACCCAGCAUUCAAAUCAGUUUUAAAUGAUUAAAAGUAAUGCUAUUUAAUAUAAUUUUUAAGGAUUAGUUAUGUGCAUGCACAAUCUAUUUGAUCAAAUUGAAGGACACAAAUCAAAUUCAUUUUACAUUUUUUUAACUCUUCUAACAUAUUGAUUAACAAUAGUAGAACAUAUUACAGUGGUUAUUGUUAACCACAAGAUUGGAAGUAGAAACUAAUAUAAUUUUUAUUAAACUUAGUUGUUAAGAAUGACAAUUUCAUAUUUUACAUUUAUACUUAUUUUAUAGUAUUUAUCAUAUUUUUAACAUUCCAUUACAAUUCAAAAGAUUGUUAUUACUGUUAAGUAAAUGAUUAUCCAUAUAAAUUCACAUUUGAAAGCAAUCAAAGUAUGCAUUCAAUAGAAAUUUUUGGCAUCAAUUUUUUUAAUAGUAGGAAACUGACAAGUUUGAUAUUUGAAUUUUUACAAUAAUUAAUGUUUAUCUGUACUAACCAUAUAAUGUAUGUUAUUUUUUGUCAAGGUUGUGAUAACAAGCUAUAUAUUUCUCGAAAUAUUCCUUCCAAAUUUUAUUUAUAUUUAAUAUUAUAUAUAUAUGCAAGUCAUAUUGUUAUCAUGUGAUGUAUAAUUGCCGUCCAAUAGUUAUUUUUACACUUCGAAGGCUGGUCCUUAUUAUCUGUAUAUUAUUGAAUUGUUACUUAUGUAUACAUAAAUAUUGCAUUUUAUUCACUUUUUAGUUUUGUUCUGUAAUACCUUUCCAAUGAUUUUCUUUUCAAAUGUGAUGAUUUUUUUUUAUGCUUUCUUUUCUGUGCAAUAAGUUGUUACAUAUAAAUGUGUGUUUUGUUGCUGUCUCAUUGGAUUUGUCUUGACAGGUUGAUCAGUGGCGGAUCCAGCCAUUUUAAAAAAAAAGGGGGGUUCCCAACCCAGAGUUAAGGGGGGGUUCCAACUAUAUGCUCCCAUUCAAAUGCAUUGAUCGGCCAAAAAAAAAGGGGGGGGGGUUCCAACCCCUGGAACCCCCCCCCCCCUGGAUCCGCCACUGAUGAUUGAUUCACAUAUCAAUUUUUUAUUUAUUUACAAAUCAAGUUUUAUGUAUUUACAUUUCAAAUUUUAUUUUAUCAUAUAUUUUACGUAAAUUUCUUAAUUGAAAGUCUUAUAUAUAUAAUGGAAUAUAGCAAAGAUAUUUUUAUUGUUCUGGCAAUGAACUGAUUCAGAUAUGGUAUUGCAUUAUGGGAAGGUUUCUAUUUUGGACAUUUUGAUUAGACCAAACAUUUAUGAAGAUGCCUAGUAAGCAAAUUAGAAUUAUGCAGGAGAGAAUUUUAUCACAAGAUCAAAGUUAUAUAUAAAUGUCUGAUGGGAUGAGGUUGAAAAAUGCAAGAACAUUUCUCUGUAUAAUUUCAUUCGAAUAUAUUCACCAUAUAAUUUUUGAAAAUUUAAUAGUUUUAAUAUCCUUUUUCAUUGUAUUUAUGUAGAAUUAAUAAAGUGCAAUGAUAGUAA